AUGGAUGCUAUAAGCUUUGUUCUUGGUGAAAAUACUCGACAUUUACGAGUUCGCAGAUUAAAUGAUCUAAUCCAUGGUUCAGUUGUUGGCAGGCCUGUUUCAAAAUCAGCCUCAGUUACAGCAGUCUAUGAAAUGCCUGACGGGGAAGAAAAACGUUUCAGUCGUGUUAUUCACGGGAAUACCUCUGAGUAUAGAAUCAAUGGUGUUUCUGUUCGGGUGGAUGAAUACGCUGCUGCACUUGAACAAAUACAUAUAUUUAUGAAAGUGAAAAAUUUUCUUGUAUUUCAAGGCGCUGUUGAAAGUAUCGCUAUGAAAAAUGCUCGUGAACGUUGUCAAAUGUUUGAAGAGAUUAGCAAAUCUGCUGAACUCAAAGAAGAAUAUGAUAUGUCAAAAAUGGAAAUGCAAAAAUUAGAAGAGAAUGCAAAUUUUAAUUUAAAUAAGAAAAAAGGUAUUGUUGCUGAAAGAAAAGAAGCCAAGAUUGAAAUUGAUGAAGCGGAAAGAUAUAAAAAACUUCAAAGUGAAUUGACCAAAAAACGACUUGAACUACAUCUGUUCCGAUUAUACUACAAUGAUUUAGAAAUAAGACAUGUUCGUGAGGAGUUGAAGCAAAGAGAGGAGGCUGUUGCCGCUGAACAUGAACAACGCCAGUUGAUUGAGGAGGAAAUGAAAGAGAAACGACGUGAAUUAGGCAAAAUCAAUCGAGAUCAGUCAUCGUUGGAACAAGAAAUUAAAAAAUGCGAACAGAGAAUUGGUAAAAGAAAACCUGAAUUUAUUAAAGUCUCCCAGUUGUUACGUCAUGUUACUGAAAAGCAUAAAGAAUCCAAGAAAUCACUUGAAAAUGCUCGACAACUGCAUAGUACACAUCUACAAGAAAUUGAUCAAUUGGAAGCGGAGUAUGAAAAAAUUUCUAAUUUACAAAAAGAUUAUGAACAACAACAGACUAAAAAAUCACUGGAACAAGGUCGUGAUUUAGAAUUGGAAGAGACUCAGUUAACAGAAUAUCAUCGAUUAAAACAAAAAGUUGCUGAACGUACAUCACACUUAUCCGCUGUACUUGAUAAUUUAAAUCGUGAAUAUAAUGAACAAAAAGAUUUAUAUGAUGCUCUGUCAAGACGAAAAAAUGAAAUUGAAAGUUCCCUGAAACGUAAAGAAACUGAAUUAAAUGAAAAUAAAAAACGUUUACAUAAAUUAGUUGAAUAUAUUGAAUCAAGUAAUCGUGCUAUCACAGAACAACGUGAAACCGAGAAGGCUAUUCGUGAAGAAGUUGAACAAGCUACAAAACGUAUCGAUGAAAUUAAUGCUGAAUUGGAGACAGUUGUCUGUCAGCUGGGUGAAGCAAAAGUUGAACGACAUGAAUCUUCUCGUGCAGCUAAAAAACAAGAGCUUAUUGAAAAUUUGAAACGUCUUUUCCCUGGAGUUCAUGGUCGACUAUUGGAAAUGUGUCAACCGUCGCAUCGUCGUUAUCAAGUUGCAAUUACUAAAGUACUCGGCAAGUAUAUGGAUGCUAUAGUUUGUGACAGUGAGAAGACAGCUAAAGAAUGUAUUCAAUACAUGAAAGAUCAACGUAUUGAACCGGAGACAUUUUUACCACUUGACUUUUUAGAUGUAAAACCAAUUGAUGAGAAAUUACGUGAAAUUAGUGACCCACCAAAUGUUCACUUAGUUAUUGAUGUCAUUCAAUGUGAUCCAAUUAUUGUUAAAAAGGCGUUAACAUUUGCCUGUGGUAAUGCUCUGGUCUGUGAAACUGUUGAUCAUGCACGUCAUGUUGCUUAUCAAAUGGGGGAUAGAAAAAAGACUGUAUCACUAGAGGGUACAUUGUUUCAACGAUCUGGGGUAAUCUCUGGUGGUGCUAGUGAUUUAAAAGCUCGUGCACGUCGUUGGGAUGAAAAACAGAUCAGCACAUUAAUGUCAAAACGUGAUGCUUUACAAAAUGAAUUAAAAGAACAGCUGAAACGUAAAAGAAAAGAAGCUGAAUUGAGAACUAUUCAAUCACAGAUUAAAGGUCUUGACACUCGAUUGAAGUAUACACUGAAAGAUAAGGAUAGUACAGAAGAAAAACUUCUUAGCACAAAUGAAGAGGAGAUGAAUCAAAUUGCUCGUGAAUUAGAAGAAGUUGACGAAAAUUUAGGACGUUGUCAGACUAAAAUGCAAGAAUUACAAAUAUCAGUGAAUGCAGAAAAGGCAAAAAUGGAUACUGUAGAGGAUACUGUAUUUCAUGAUUUCUGUGUACAAAUUGGUGUUGAAAAUAUCAGGCAAUAUGAAGAUCGAGAAUUAAGAGUUGCACGUGAACGUGAUCGUAAACGACUUGAAUUUACAAAUCAACUGCAAAGAAUUAAUAAUCAAUUGGAAUAUGAACGAUCUCGGGACACAGAAGCUAGUGUUAAACGUUGGGAGGAUGCAGUGGCCAUGGAAAGAGCUGAAAUGGAAAAGUGUAAAAAACAAGAGAAAAAAAUCAAAGAAGAAAUGGAACAAGAAGAGAGUAAGAAAGCAGAGAUUGAAUCUCGUGGUGGUGAACUGAAAUAUCGUGCUGAAUUACUAGACGGUGAAUUGGGUGAAAUUCGUCGUCGACUAGUCACUAAACAACGUGAUAUACAAAAACUACAAAAAGAUUUGAAUCAAUCUGAAGCGAAACUAGAAACUCGACGAGCUGAACGACAUUCACUCUUACAAGCAGCUAAAAUGGAAGACUUGGAAUUACCCCUGAAACCUGGUUCUAGUCCAGUACAUGAAUUGAAUAACCAGUUAGCAGAUAGUGAAAAUGCUGAUCCAAGUAGUGAAGAAAUGGCGCAUAUCUAUGAAUUGGAGUCACGUUUACCACUUGACUACAAACAACUUGAUAAACCUUUACGACAAUUGACAGAUGAAAAAGAAGUUAGCAAAAGAGCUGAUGAAAUGCAAAAUCAAGUCGAUUCAAUGUUAAAUAGCUUGGCACGUAUACAAGCGCCUAAUUUACGCGCUGGAGAUAAACUUGGCAAUGUAGAGGAACGUUUAAGGUGUACAGAAGCUGAAUUUGAAGAUACUCGACGUAGAGCUAAACGUGCCAAAGCAAGAUUUGAACGUGUUCGACGCCUAAGAUACAAUGCAUUUAUGAAUUGUUUUAAUUCAAUUGCUGAUAAUAUUGAUCCAAUUUAUAAAAGUUUAUCAAGAAAUCCUGGUGCUCAAGCAAGUUUAUUGCCAACAAAUGCUGAAGAACCGUAUUUAGAAGAAAUCCAAUUCCAGUGUGUUGCACCAGGGAAACGUUUUCAACAGAUGGAUAGUCUUUCUGGUGGUGAAAAGACAAUCGCUGCAUUGGCUUUAUUAUUUGCUAUGCAUCGAUAUAAUCCGUCGCCAUUUUUUGUUCUUGAUGAAAUUGACGCUGCAUUGGAUAAUACAAAUAUUGGGAAAGUUGCCAGUUUUAUACGUGAAUAUGCUUCAGCUAGAGCACAAAUAAUUGUUAUAUCAUUGAAAGAAGAAUUUUAUAGUCGUGCGGAUAGUUUAAUUGGCAUUUAUCCGGAUAUUGGAUUUAUCUCUAUUGCUGCACGAUAA